UUCACCCUCUACCCCACCCACUUUUACUGCGGGGGAUCUCGUCAUUGCAUAUACUAUUCAUUCUUAAGUACACUUACCUUAGACACAGUCUCAGACACCACUCAGCUGCAGAGAUGAGUAACCAAAGGGUAACCUAUGCAGAACUGAAUCUGGCUAAGGGCUCCAGGAGACAGCAUACAAAACCUAAGGACACUAAGAGCUCCAUUUCAGUGACUGAGCAGGAAAUAACCUAUGCAGAAUUAAAUCUUCAAAACACUACACAGGAUCUUCAAGGGAGUGAGAAGAACUACCACUGCAAAGAUUUUUCAUCACCUCCAGAGAAGCUCAUUGCUGGGGUCCUGGCACUCAUCUGCCUUGUCUUGCUGUCUUCUGUGGUAACGAUAGCUGUUAUUCCCUCUACUGUAAUAUCAGAGCAGAAUAAUUCCCCCUUGACAACAGGGAUCCAGAAAGCAUAUCAGUGUGGUUGUGGUCCAAACAAGUGGUUUACAUAUUCCAACAAUUGCUAUUACAUUAGUACUGAACAAAAAGUAUGGACUGAGAGUCAGAUGGCCUGUGCUUCCGAGAAUUCUAAUCUGCUUUAUAUAGAUAAUGAAGAAGAAAUGAAUUUUUUGAACAUCUUCAGUUCUUAUUCAUGGAUUGAACUCUCCUACAGAACAAAUAAUAGUUUGUUAGUUUGGCCAGAUAGCCCAACUUUCUCUUCCAAAAUGUUCUCAAUAUCUUCAAAGGAGAAGAGGAAUUGUACAUCUGUGUUGUUCGAAACAUACAACCUUUAUUUCGAACCCUGUUUAGAGAUAAAACGAUAUGUUUGUAAGCACCAGGCACUUUAGCUUAUCUAAAAUUGGUAUAAAUCUUGUCUACAAAGAACAUAUUCAUAUUUUUAAUUUACUUAAAAACUAUACAAUUAUUUUCUUAGAAUUCUUGUGAUACUAUUUUGAGUAGGUUUACCAUCACAACAAAGUUAAGACAGGUACUGAGACUUCCCGUAUUCCCCAUCCCUUCACAUACAGAGCUUCCCCCAUGAUCAACAUCACUCACCAGAAUGGUACAUUUGCCACUGAGAAUGAAUCUGAAUUGACACAUCACAAUCACUUAAAAUCCAUAAUUUAUGUGAGGCUUCACCCUGGGUGUUGUAGAAUUAUUUUUAAAUCUUUAUUUUUAUCAAUUUUAAAAAUAGAUAUCCAUGUACAUGUUAUAGGUUUCUUAAGCUUUUGCUAUUUAUUAGAAUAAAUCAUGUGUAAAUUACACAUUUUAAUAUCAAGAGCUCUUGCUUCAAAGUUCUCACUCAGUAUGGAGAAUAAUUCCAUAUUUUUGAAUUAGUUGCUUUGUCCUAUGUUGAAAUGAGGAUUCAGCAACACAGGCUAGCAUAAUAUAUAAGUCAUAGUGGAAUUAAAAGACAAAAAGUAGAGAAAAUUUGAUUUAAAGAAUUAUUAAGCUUUUGUAGGGGAGAUAGCCUACAAACAAACAGGAGGAGAUAAAGAAAAAUUAUAAAGAAUACCCGGGGUUAAAAAAGAAUACCCAAAGGUAGGAUGAUUUGGGAGCCAUGUCUACUCCCCCAGAUGAGUUUUAGGCUUCACUGAACACAGUGCGGCUGCAGACAACUUGACAGCAGACAUGUUUGUUGGUUUGCCCUGGGAUAGAGCAGCUCCACAAUCCUCUGGCUGUUAUUGGUGAGGACGGAUCUCAGACUGUGACUGGCAAGCAGGAAGACCUCCCUACCAUGGUGUCCCCUGGCAGAGGUUGAAAAAGAUGGAACCAUGACUGGGACUGGCCACAAUAACUGCUGGAGGGUGAAUACCACAGGACUUCCAGCAUGCGUGCAACUGGCAGCCACUCCACAGAAGCCAAUGGAGAGAAAACACCAUGGAACCAGGAACAAGAUCCUUUCCCUGGCACUGCCUCGCCAGUGACUUUUUCAGGCAAAACAACAUCAUGUGAGUUGACUAGGGAGAAAAAGUUAUGGGAUCUAGGUGCAUUAUCUCAGAGAUGGCAAUGAAGGACAGAUUUGGAGCUGAGAUUAAUAAAUUGUUUAUUGGCCCUCAUGAUUAUUGUGUAAGAACUACAAAGUUGUUAUAUAACAUAACUCUUUAUAUGGAAAACCCUAUAAACUCCACUGAAAAACUAUUAGAAACAGUAAACAAAUAUCGUAAAGUUUCAGGAUACAAAAUCAAUGUACAAAAAUCUAUGUAUCCCCACAGACUAACAAUGAAGUGUCAGAAAAGAAAUGAAAAAUUUUCUUUGCAAUUGUGACAAAAAUGAAUAUAAUACCUUGGAAUAAACUUUAAAAAG